AUGACUGAUAUGAAGACAAUUGUUAUAGAUAAUGGUACCUUCUCUGUUAAAGCAGGAUUUGCAGGUACUAAAAAACCACAUUUUAUAAUUCCAACAGUUGUCGGAACAGCAAAAGAAAAUGCUGAUAUGGUUGGUAUAAAAAACAAAGCGUAUUUUGUAGGAAAUGAAGCUCUUGCAAAGGAAAAUCUAUUAAACCUCGUAAAUCCAAUAGAAAAUGGUGUCGUGCAAAAUUGGGAAUUCCAAACGCAGCUUUGGGACGAGUUGUUUGCAAAUCAAUUUCAUUGUCCACUGGAAGAUGUUUGCAUCCUAACAGGCGAAAAACCAGCAUGUACACAGCAAAACAAAGCAAAAAUGGCUCAAAUUUUAUUUGAAAAGUUCAACUGCGGAGGUUUUUCGUCAAUACAGCAAUCAGUUCUUUCCUUGUUUUCCAUUGGACGUAGAACUGGCCUUGUUUUUGAUAAUGGCGAAGGUUUAGGAUCAAUUGUUCCAGUUUACGAAGGAUAUACGAUCCCUCAUGCAAUUAUUCAUACAGAACUAUGCGGUAGUUUCCUUACAGAAAACAUGAAACGACUUAUUACAACAAAAGAUCCAUCAACAGCUGAAUGGAAGCUUGAAGAGUUCAGAGCAAUGAAAGAUAAGCUCUCAUAUGUUCCUAUUGACUACCAAGCUGAAGAACAAUCACCAGAAACAUUCGAACAACUACGUUUACCAAGUGGAAAGUAUUAUCAAGUAGGAAAAGAGAGAUUUAUCUGCUCAGAAGUAUUAUUCGAACCAACAAUUGCCAAUAAGGAAGCAGAAGGUAUCCACCAAAUCAUGUUUGACUCAAUUAUGAAGUGUGAUAUCGAUAUCAGGCAAGAUUUGUAUAAGAGUAUCUUCUUAUCUGGUGGAACAACGAUGAUUACAGGUAUUGCAGAGCGAAUUGAGAAGGAAGUCAUUGCUUUAGCUCCUCCUUCCAUGAAAAUCGUUGUAAUUGCUCCACCUCAGAGACGUGACGCUGUUUGGAUUGGUGGUUCUGUACUCGGAACACACGAAUUCUUCUUUGACGAGAUGAUGGUUACAAAAGCUGAAUACCGCGAAGAAGGUGAAAAUAUAAUUAGUUUGAAAUGCCACAGCUAA